AUGGCUCGCGGAUUACAAAAGGUCGAAUCGCAGAAGAAGGCGCAGGAAGCCGCGGCCAAGAAGGCGGGAGGGAAAUCCAACCUCAAGGAGAGGUCCGCCGCGUUCAAGGUCGGUCCCUGCACUAUCUUUGCGUCGUUCUUCGGAGAUCCGAGAGCUGAUUUUCUUCAUCUUGUCUUGAUUAGAUCUCGUGCCCCAGGGUAAGGUGGACCGAGGCUCUCACUGAUGCGGAGGUGGGCUGCGCAGCCGAUGACUGAUCACGUGUGGUCCUCUCUCUGCCUCGUGUCCGACACGGAAUGCGCCGAACCUGCCUCGGAAUUGCAGUGCAUGAUCGGCUUGGUCGACUACAAGGUAAGAACAUAUAAUCCUGAUCCGACCUUUCUUUCGAUAGAAAGCUGACAGCUCCUAUGAUCGGCCACACAGACGUUCAAGCAACACUUCGAGGCCAAGGUAAGUGCACAGUGCACACCAACUUGGCCCGAUUGAAUUCAUUCACGCGCAAUCGACGACUGACUCGAGAGAACGAUUGCUCUCUGCUCUCACAGCACCCCAAGGACCCGUUACCCGCAGAGGAGACCGUACUCAAGGCUUAG